AGAGAGAGAGAGAGAGAGAGAGAGAGAGAGAGAGAGAGGGAGGUUGCCUUUAUUGGACAGGACGGCUCAAAUGGACAGGAAAGCGGGGAGAGAGAGAGAGGGAUGACAGCAAAAAGGCCACAGGUCGGAGUCAACCCAAGACCGCUACAGCAAGGACUCAGCCUUGGUACAUUGGUACUGGAGCAGAUUGUUAACAAGUGAUAUCAGAUACUAUCAAAUAAAGUAUGGCCCCUUUUUAAAUGAACAUUAACACUAAUUUUUAAAUACACAUUCAAUAUGUAGUGUCAAUAUUAGAUUAGAUUAGGAUGUAACUGUGGUUUUUGUAGCCGCUGGUUUUUUUUCCACUAAGUGUGAGAUUUUGCUGCUGUUAGAAUUUCCCAGUGAUUAAAUAUAAACAGCGCUGAGUCUUGAGACUUGAGGUGUUUUCCAACUCGGCUGUUCACAUGACACUGAAAUCAGUCUCUACUUACUCUAUAGUGCGCAUUAUUUAGGUGUCUGAGUGUGUACAUCAUGUAGUGCCCUCAAAAAGUCCACAAUGGAACAAAAAAAGGGAGCAUCCGAGGUGCUUUCUGCUACCAAUCCCACAGUGUAAUGCAUAGCACUGGGAGUGAAUUAGUAAGACUGACUUCAGACACAUCGGUUAUUUGAUUAAUUACACCCCUGCUUUUCCUACUGUGCGAUGUCAAAAUGUCUUCAAUAAAAUAAAAAAAAGCUUUUUUCUAUCCUUUUUCAUGGCACGGAUAUAAUAGGCUGUCCUUGUACUGCACCUUUUGAGCUUUCUUCCUGCUGAGCACUGAGGAAGAUUUAAAUACAAGUUGUCUCACAUUCAAGUUAUUUUAAGUCUGAAAUUAUAUCAAAAGGUCCCUGCAGGCAGAUUUUUUGGCACUAGUGUUAAUUUUAGAAAUCAAAUGAUGUGGAGCCGCUUUGUGUGCAGCGACAGAAUACGAGAAUAAAAUGUGCAUUAUUUCAACAAGUAGGACUGUGCCAACAAAGUGCAGUAUGUUAUCUAACUUUAUUAAAUCUCAUGCACAGUCAACUAUGGUUGUGAUGUUUCAGACAGCGCGAGAAGACGAGGUAACAGAAAGGAGCCUAUAGACCAGAUGGUUUGUAGGAGUCAGGCGUUAUGAGAACAUCAAGCUGACAACGUCUUGCGUCAAAAUGCAAGAUGGUGCUGAGUCUGCCCCCUCUCCCCAUCAUCAGUCUCUCUGACUCUCUGAGAAGGAUCCCUCCUGCAACCUUCCAGAUUGUGUUUCGCCAAAGAAAGAGGAGGAAUGAGAAGCACAGUGCGGGUCAGUUCAGAUUAACACUCCUCCUAUACCAAAGCCUUUUCUCUCUCUCUUGAAGUGCCAUCUGAUAAAAUAGAUUGAUGGCUUACUCUUCAUGCUAUGGUCCGUAAUGCCAUUUAAGAGUGCUCCACUUACAGUACAUAACAUAGAUAGCAGCCUUUUCACCUUCCUUAAACAUGCAAAACAAUGAUGAUAAUGGCUUGUUCUGCAGUGUUGAAUAAUCAAGUAAAUGCGUAAGUGUAUUACACAACACCCUGUUUAUUGUUGGUGCUGACCUUGAGACUGGCCCUGCUUGUUAAAUCAAAUCAGUUCCCUUCCCCCUCUGUCUUGGAGGAAGGAACUGUAGGUUUGCAGAAUAAUAUAGGUAAACUAUACAUCGCAGGUCACCGCACAGAGACAAGGCUUUUCCGACAUCAACGCCUUCACAAUGCGAGCUCAGAGCUGCUUGAUGGUCUCCCUCUGUGGCCAUCGAGGAAAUGAAGGGAGACCUGGGGCAGCUUUUACCGACCGGCCCUAAAGGACUCUAAAUUUCUCCCCUGAAUCGUCGCGUGUGAGAAGACUUCCUGUGGCUCACUCACUGUCUGGAAGUAACCGUAUCCUCAAAGGGUUUUUGACACGCAACACCGGUAUGAAAAAAUAUAUUGCACCUGUUACUUCGGGGAGCGGUUUCCAUGGGUGGUUCUGUACGCUUUAUCUUUGAGGAUUUAAACAGAUCAAGGGGAUUUAGGGGGCCAAGAAGAGGAAGUGUUUGGGGCCAUUUUCACAAAUGGAUUGGGGCCAUGCUAGUUCCCAUGUACUUUUUUUUGCCGUAUGCUAUUGUGUUGCUCACUUAUGACUUAACAAACUAACUUGAGGCAACAACUUUAUGCUUAGUUCAUAAGAUUUUUGUGACGCCUUUUUGAUUCCAGUAUAGUUUCGGUCCUGAAACAUCAUUUAAAUGGAUAUUACCAUAAUAAAUACAGAAAAUACACAUAUCUAAACAUACAAUAUGUGAUUUCUGCCGCUAGGAGUCUCUCACAUAAAAAUAAAAUAAAAAUUGCAUUAAGGAUCAUGGGAGUUGUUGUUGUUAAGCAUCAUUGCUUCCUACAAUGUUAACUGUGAGCCGAAUUAUCCACAGAGGUCUCCUCCUCUCCAAAACAAAUGGACCUGCUGAUUAAAACCUGUAAAAACACUGAAUAAAGCAGAUUCACCUUUAAAAAUCAGUGUUUCUCCAGCAAACAAAGGGCAGCCAAGCUGCUGCUAAUGUUAGCUCAGCUUUUUUCUGACUUAAGAUCUAGACGUCCGAUGACUAAAGUCCUUCAUCCUGUUAAAAUAUAUAGUUAAAAAUAUCUAAAAAGUGUAUAAAAUUGUAAAAGGAUUGUUAAAAAUGAUUUUAAAGCACUGAUUAAGGAUUAGAGUGGAGCUUGGAGUUGUGUUGUAUGUGCACGUUAUCCGUCUGACACAUUAAUCAUUUGUGUUAACAAGUUUUAUCAGUUCUGUCUUGCAUAGACUCUAAUGAAUGGCCUUUAGUGGGUUUCUAAUUAGAGCGAGUCUGUGCAACACUUAACCAUCAGUCCUGGUUUCACUUGAAAACAGAGUGAAAAUAUCUCAUUUAUUAUCUAUUGGUGAUGCAGAGAGGAUCAUUCCUUCCUUUACAAGCACUCGCACGCCGCAGUUUUUUAGAACACCUCUUGUGUUCACACAUUUUUUCUAUUUUUGGCAUCUCAUCAAAUUGUAUCACUUACAGAGUGUUGCUUGGUCUUAUACACAUCUGUGUAAUAUUGUACCGCACAAACCAAAAAGAUUAUUUGCUCAAUGGGGUUUUACUGUAACCAGGAUGAAAUAAAGCUGGUACAUUAAAACCGACAAAUCUGCCAGUUGUUUAAAAAGUCUUCUAUUUUUUAUGGCAGAUUUCACUUGGGAUGUGUAAUUGUUUUAAAGGUGAUAAACAUUGAUGGAAAGCGCUUUUAUAUGAAGUAAUCCAGAACCACCAACAGAUUCUUGCUCUCCUGCAGAGUCUGUCUACAUUUAAAAUACAGCUUUAAAUGAAAAAAAAAGAUGUCUGGUUAGCCAGCUCAGACAUUUGUUCCACUUGGGGAGGAAUUACAACCAAAUCCUCUUGAAGGAGUUUAGGUGUUAGAGUCGCUGAUGACUUCUCACAGCUUCCUAUCCGGAAUUCCCUCAGACUACUGGUGGCUGCAGGCGUGAAAUUUGUGCCAGAUUUGCAAUGCCGUAUCCACCCUCUGACCUCACCACCGUGUGCUCUGUGACGCAUUGUGCACGAACCUCCGUCUCUGUGAGGCUUUGUGAAAGUAUACAUGUGGUAUAAUAGCAGUAGGUUGUAUUUCACACAGGUUUCAAAACUUGUAAUGUGGCUUGUAAUUUGCAUGGCUAUGAUAAUCAGAGUGAACGACUCCAGAAUAAAAGGACCGGUUGACUCAUUAGAAGGCAUUGUCUGUGGUCAAACAUAUUAUCAUGCGCUUCAGGUCAGCUUUGUCCUCUAACAGCACUCUGUUGGCUUCAGCUGUAGGUGUAAGCACAAAGCCCAAAGUCCCUACUGUGACAUCAGUCACUUUGACGAUCUCUGUCACCUUACAAACAUCUAGUCCACAUGCAACAGAACAGCUGGACUACCAUGCUCUGCAAGGGGCUUUACCUCAACACAACCUCAGCUCUAACCCCCAGCAGUUUUUCCUGUGCAAUGCCAGACCAUAACCUACCCUAUAUGCUGCCAGAAACACUGGGAGACAGGAGGAUGUGCCAAAUCCCUUGAAAAGACCAAAACCAACAGGGAUUUGGAGCUGGAACUUUUUAAUGAUGACUUUCGCCAUGCUGCGGCCUGUGGCGACACACUUGAUCUACUCAGACUUCACUAUCACGUCCGAGGACGAGGAAAACCGCAGCGAAAGCGACGGCAGCUCGGAGCAAAGUUACUGUGGCUCCAACGAAAAACGAAGGAGGAUUUCGCGCAAUCUGGAAGGAGACACCGGGGUGGUGAAACAGAGGAGCGCAGCUAACGCCAGGGAGAGAGGCAGGACCCAGAGUGUCAACACCGCAUUCACAGCUCUCCGGACUCUCAUACCCACCGAGCCAGUGGACAGAAAGCUCUCCAAAAUCGAAACUCUUCGACUGGCAUCCAGCUACAUUUCCCAUCUGGCCAACGUGCUUCUUCUCGGGGACGGCGGCGCAGAGGAACAGCCCUGCCUCGGCGCGGUUCAUGCGCAAGGAGAGAGCGGGGCGCAGCAGCCGAGGACCAUCUGCACCUUCUGUUUGAGCAACCAGAGAAAAGGGAUAAAAGAUGGCAAAGACUGUUUAAAAAUGAGAGGGAUGGGUCAACUGCGAAUGAGACGUUGACAGAGGACCAGUGAAUGAUUAGCAACCUGAAAAUCCUCAAAGACUUUCUCAGGGAAGAGUCAGAGCUGGUGUUACACAGCGCACACACACACACACACACACACACACACACACACACACACACACACACACACACAAGGUAUGUACACAUGCUGGAUCAAAUGUUGGAACCAAAGAAGAGACUAUUUAUACUUGACUGAGAAAUUUAAACAUAAGACCUUCAGAGAUGCAGUGCAUUUGUUUGAAACUUAUGAGUUAUUGUCCUUUUUUUCCACAAAUCUUUUAAAUAAAAUAUAUUUUAUCAAAAUAAGGGCAAUUAUUUUCCUGAUUUACAUUAAAAUGUGGUUUGUCUUGUGAUAAACAAGAAACACAACUGUGCCAUGAAAAAACUGUCAAACAAAAUGAAGUGUAAAGUCAUAAUAUACCUCAGAUUGUGGUAAUGUCUGGGACAUUGAUUAUAUGGACAAAAGGAAAAAUAGAAAAUGUUUAUUUCUGUUUAUCUUUUGAGACUCUUUGUUUUCAAGCUGGUCUGACAUUUUUAGAAAAAGGGAUGUUUUUGUUAUAUGACCAGACGCUCAACUGCAGUUUGGAAAAUGGUCUCAACUUAAAUUUCUAAUAAGAAAUUUUCUUUGUUUGACACCUAACUGCUCACUUAACUUCCUGUGUUUAGCUCCAUUUGCAAAAAUCUGUUUUUCUUAACAACCAACUUAGUGUUAUAAAAUGUUUUUUUAAAUGUC